AUGGAACACCGAAAGAUUGGGAAAGAUAUCCGAACGUUGACGGACCGAAGACAAAUUGGAACACCGAAAGAUUGGGAAAGAUAUCCGAACGUUGACGUCACUUUGAAGAGUUUGUCGAAUUUGAAAAAAGAAGAUAUUACUAGUGAUCUUUUUAAAGAACUAGGAUCAGAUCGCUUUGCCGCUUUACACACCUAUAGCAUGACUCGUGAUCCUAAAUCAAAGGCUUAUGACAUUAGCAGACUAUAA